AUGUCUUCGAAGGAGGAUCGUGAGAGUAAAUCCAAUGAGAACAACUCAUACGCCGGUUCUCUGCAGAGCUUUGAUGCUGACAACCACAGUCAAGAUGCAGAACGUCUCGGCACGUCGUCUCAGCUGUCACGUCAUUUGACCAAUAUAUUAUCCAAUGAAGAAGGUGUCGAGAGACUGGCAUCGAUGGCAAGAGUUUUAUCCACCAAAACUAAAAGACAAAUGGACAAAUUCGAAGUUGAUGCCCUGGAUUUCGAUUUACGUGCCCUUUUGAAUUAUUUGAGAUCACAUCAAUUGGAACAAGGUAUUGAACCUGGUGAUUCUGGUGUUGCUUUCAAAGGCUUAACAGCAGUUGGUAUUGAUGCUUCUGCGGCUUAUGGGCCAAGUGUUGAAGAAAUGUUAAGAGGUUUGGUGCGUUUACCUUUCCAUCUUAAAUCUUUAUUCAAGAAGUCAACUGAUGUUCCAUUGAGAAAUAUUAUUCAAAACUGUACAGGUGUCGUUGAAUCUGGAGAAAUGUUAUUCGUCGUUGGUAGACCAGGUGCAGGUUGUUCGACACUUUUAAAGUGUGUAUCCGGUGAAACAAGUGAAUUGGUUGAAGUUAAGGGCGAAUUUUCUUACGACGGUUUAGAUCAAGAAGAAAUGAUGUCUAGAUACAAAGGUUACGUUAUCUACUGUCCUGAAUUGGACUUCCAUUUUCCAAAAAUUACUGUUAAGGAAACAAUUGAUUUUGCGUUGAAAUGUAAAACCCCUCGUGUUAGAAUUGAUAACAUGACGAGAAAAGAAUACGUUGAUAACGUCAGAGACAUGUGGUGUACAGUCUUCGGUUUGAGACACACCUACGCUACUAAAGUCGGUAACGAUUUCGUUAGAGGUGUCUCUGGUGGUGAAAGAAAGCGUGUUUCCUUGGUUGAAGCUCAAGCAAUGAGUGCAUCAAUAUAUUCUUGGGAUAAUGCGACAAGAGGUUUAGAUGCAUCGACAGCUUUAGAAUUCGCACAAGCUAUUAGAACAGCUACCAAUAUGAUGAAUAAUUCUGCUAUUGUUGCUAUUUAUCAGGCUGGUGAGAAUAUUUAUGAAUUGUUCGAUAAAGCUACUGUUCUGUACAACGGUAGACAAAUUUAUUUUGGUCCUGCUGAUAAAGCUGUUGGUUACUUUGAAAAUAUGGGAUGGAUUAAGCCAAACAGAAUGACAUCAGCAGAAUUCUUGACCUCUGUUACUGUUGAUUAUGAAAAUAGAACAUUGGAUAUUGCACCAGGUUACGAGGAUAAAAUACCCAAAUCCGGUGGAGAAUUCGAGGAGUAUUGGCUAAAUUCUAACGAUUACCAAGAGCUUUUAAAAUCUUAUGAUGAUUAUCAGGCAAGACAUCAAGCGGAAGAAACAAGAGAUAGGUUGGAAGUGGCCAAAAAACAGAGAUUACAGGUUGGACAACGUGAAAAAUCACAGUUUGUGGUUAACUAUUGGACACAGGUUUGGUACUGUAUGAUGCGUGGCUUUCAGAGAGUCAAAGGUGAUCAAACUUAUACCAAAGUCUAUUUAUCUUCCUUCCUAAUUAAAGGUUUAGUUGUCGGAUCCAUGUUUCAUAGAAUAGAUCCCAAAAGUUAUUCCACUACUGAGGGUGCAUACUCUCGUGGUGGUCUUCUAUUUUAUGUUUUACUUUUUGCUGCUGUUACAUCUCUAGCUGAAAUUGCUAAUUCGUUCGCUAAUAGGCCGAUUGUUGUCAAACAAAAGUCUUAUUCGAUGUAUCACAUUUCUGCAGAAUCUCUUCAAGAAAUUUUUACUGAGAUGCCAACUAAGUUGAUUGCCAUUAUUGUUUUAUCUUUGGUCUCGUACUGGAUUCCCUUUUUGAAGUUCACUGCUGGUGCAUUCUUUCAGUAUAUGCUUUAUCUGUUUACAGUUCAACAAUGUACUUCUUUUAUCUUCAAAUUCGUUGCGACAUUAACUAAAGAUGGUGAAACUGCGCAUGCCGUAGGUGGUUUGUACGUGCUAAUGCUUUGUACCUUUGCUGGUUUUGUUUUACCUAUUCCAGAAAUGCAUCAUUGGAUCAGAUGGUUUCAUUAUCUCAAUCCGCUUACUUAUGGGUUUGAAAGUUUAAUGUCAACAGAAUUCCACGGAAGACAAAUGAGAUGCAGUGAGCUGGUCCCAAGUGGAUCAGGUUACGAGAACGUAUCAAUUGCAAACCAAGUCUGUAAUGCAGCUGGUGCCGUCAAAGGUCAAUUUUACGUGAGCGGUGAUGCAUAUAUUAAACAGCAUUAUCAUUUCAGUUAUAAUCACGCUUGGAGGGAUUGGGGUAUCAACGUUGUUUGGACGUUUGGCUACAUUGUGCUUAAUGUUAUCCUUUCAGAAUUUUUGAAACCAUUAGAGGGUGGUGGUGAUUUGCUGUUGUAUAAAAGAGGACACAUGCCGGAAUUUGGAACUGAAUCAGCUGAAGCUAAAACGGCAAGUAGAGAAGAAAUGAUGGAGGCGCUUAAUGGUCCUGGUGUCGAUCUAAAUAAGGUUAUUGCCGAAAAAGAUGUGUUCACUUGGAAUCAUUUGGAUUAUACUAUUCCAUACGACGGUGCAACGAGACAAUUGCUAAGUGAUGUUUUCGGGUACGUGAAACCUGGUAAGAUGACGGCACUUAUGGGUGAAUCCGGUGCUGGUAAAACUACUUUAUUGAAUGUGCUCGCUCAAAGAAUAAAUAUGGGUGUUAUUACUGGUGAUAUGCUGGUCAACGCGCAAUCACUACCUGCAUCUUUCAACAGAUCAUGUGGUUAUGUUGCUCAAGCAGAUAACCAUAUGGCUGAGUUAUCUGUGAGGGAAUCUCUAAGAUUUGCUGCUGAACUGAGACAACCGGCUUCAACCCCAUUAGAGGAGAAAUAUGAAUAUGUUGAGAAAAUUCUUACUUUACUGGGUAUGCAAAAUUAUGCCGAAGCAUUAGUUGGUAAAACAGGAAGAGGUCUGAAUGUUGAACAGAGAAAAAAAUUGUCUAUUGGUGUCGAACUGGUUGCAAAACCCUCUUUAUUAUUAUUUUUAGAUGAGCCAACUUCAGGUUUGGAUUCACAAUCUGCUUGGUCUAUUGUCCAGUUCAUGAGAGCGUUGGCAGAUUCGGGACAGUCUAUUCUAUGUACUAUUCACCAACCUUCAGCUACUUUAUUUGAACAAUUCGAUAGAUUACUGCUUUUGAAAAAGGGUGGUAAAAUGGUGUACUUUGGUGAUAUUGGUACCAACUCUAGUUCCUUGUUAAGUUAUUUUGAACGUGAAUCAGGUGUUAAAUGUGGUAAAUCUGAGAAUCCUGCCGAAUAUAUGUUGAACUGUAUUGGUGCUGGUGCUACUGCAAGUGCUGACGCUGACUGGCACGAACUGUGGUUGAAGUCUCCUGAAUGUGCAGCAGCAAGAGAAGAAGUUGAGGAGCUUCACCGUAUACUUCCAAGCAGACCGAUCACUGACGACCCGGAGAUGGCAACCAAAUUCGCAGCUUCUUACACAACCCAAAUGAAGGUUCUGUUAAGGAGAACAGCCUUGCAAUUCUGGAGAUCACCUAUCUACAUCAGAGGUAAAUUUUUGGAAUGUGUUUCUUGUGCUUUAUUUGUUGGUCUAUCAUAUGUUGGUGUCAAUCAUUCCAUUGGUGGUGCUCAGGAAGCCUUUUCCUCUGUUUUCAUGUUAUUGUUGAUUUCUUUGGCUAUGAUCAAUCAACUCCACGUUUUCGCUUAUGCUAGUAGAGAAUUGUACGAGGUUAGAGAGGCUGCGUCGAAUACUUUCCAUUGGAGCGCUUUGCUUUUAAGUCAUUAUACUGUUGAGACAAUGUGGUCAACUGCUUGUCAGUUCAUGUGUUACAUUUGUUACUACUGGCCUGCGCAAUAUAGUGGAAGAGCAUCUCAUGCAGGUUUCUUCUUCUUCUUUUACGUUUUGAUUUUCCCUGCAUACUUCUGUUCUUAUGGUUUAUGGAUUUUGUACAUGGCACCUGAUGUCCCAUCAGCUUCCAUGAUCAAUUCAAACGUCUUCGCUGCUAUGUUACUGUUCUGUGGUAUUCUGCAGCCAAGGCAAAAAAUGCCAGGGUUCUGGAGAAGGUUUAUGUAUAAUGUUUCACCAUUCACUUAUGUCGUCCAAGCUCUAGUUGGUCCAUUGGUACAUAACAAACCAGUGAUUUGUGCGCCGGAUGAAUUCAACAUUUUAGAUCCACCUGAAGGACAAACUUGUGGCGAAUUUUUGGGAACCUAUCUGGAAAACAACCCAGGAUAUCUGGUUAAUCAUGAUGCUACGGAAAACUGCCAAUAUUGUCCAUUUUCUGUUCAGGAUCAGGUGGUCGAACAGUUCAAUGUUCGUUGGGCCCAAAGAUGGAGAAAUUUCGGUUUUAUGUGGGCUUACAUCAUAUUUAACCUUGUAGCUAUGUGUGUUUGCUACUACGUCGCGAGAGUUAAAGUGUGGUCGCUGAAAUCAGUCUUAAACGUAAAGAGCUGGUUUAGCAAACCAAGAAAGGAAAGACACGAAAAGGACACUACUAUCUUUCAACAAAAGCCAGGUGACAAGGAAAAGGUCCAAAAAACCACUUAA